UUAAUAGUUUUUUUUUAUAUUUAUCCGCGAAAUUGUCAGUUUGUGUUGCUAAGAGUUGUAUUGAGUUUUGAUAAAAAUAAUAAGUUUUAAAUAUUUUUUUUUAUUUCAAAAUGUAUUUGAUUUUUAUUUUUGUCUGCGUCCAAAUUUUAGCUGGAAAUAUUUACGCAGCUUCUGUUCCAACUGAUAAAAUUCGAGAGGAGCCAACAAAAUGUCCAGAGUAUCCAGACGAUUUUACUCAAACGCUAGAAUUCGAAGAGAAAAAUUACCGCGACGCAUUGGCCGCCGGUAAUUUAGCCGCCAUCAGUCCAAAGGAAAUGGAACGAAGAGCGACUUGUGUUUACCAGCACCUGAGACUGAUAAAUCCCGAUAAUUCCGGUGAUUUACAAGCAGUAUUGAGUUUUUUAAUCAUAACAAAUCCAAUUAUCAAAGACCAAAUUCCAUUUCCAGAGGAAAAAUUGGAAAAUCUCAAAAGAUGUCUCGCUAAGAAGAGCGACAGCGCAGAUGAAGCCAGAGCCUGGAUCGACGUUUGUAUAAAAGAAAAUUUCCCGUUACGUCCUUCAAAAUAUGAACCAGAAGUUGCUGACGAAUGCCCAGAGUACCCGGAAAAUAAAAGUAUGAGAGAAAUAUUGAAAAUCGAAGAGGAAAAUUACCAAGCCGCCAUUAGGGAAAAAAAUUUUGCGGCCAUCAGUCAAAAAGAAAUGCAACGAAGAGCGACUUGUGUUUACCAGCACUUGGGACUGAUAAAACCCGACAAUUCUGGUGAUUUGCAAGCAGUCUUGAGUUUUUUAAUCACAACAAGUCCAAUUAUCAAAGAACAAAUUCCAUUUCCAGAGGAAAAAUUGGGAAAUCUCAAAAGAUGUCUCGCUAAGAAGAGCGACAGCGCAGAUGAAGCCAGAGCCUGGAUCGACGUUUGUAUAAAAGAAAAUUUCCCGUUACGUCCUUCAAAAUAUGAACCGGAAGUUGCUGACGAAUGCCCAGAGUACCCGGAAAAUAAAAGUAUGAAAGAAUUACUGGAAAUGGAAGACGAAAAGUACCAAGCGGCACUUAGGGAAAAAAAUUUUGCGGCCAUCAGUGACAAAGAAAUUGAGCGAAGGACGACUUGCAUUUACCAGCACCUGGGAUUGAUAAAACCCGACAAUUCUGCUGAUUUGCAAGCAGUAAUGAGUUUCUUCUCUAUAAUCAGUCCAGAAUUCAAAGAACAGAUUCCAGCUCCAGAGAAAACAUUAGAAAAUCUUGAGAGAUGUCUUGCUAAGAAGAGCGACAGCGCAGAUGAAGCCAGAGACUGGAUCCUCGUGUGUGUACAGGAAAAUUUCCGGUUAGUGCCUUUGGAGUACGAAUCAGAAGCUGCUGACAAAUGUCCAGAGUACCCGGAAAAUAAAAGUAUGAAAGAAAUAGUGGAAAUUGAAGAGAGAAAAUACCAAACUGCCUUGAGGGAAAAAAAUUAUGCGGCUAUCAGUAAAGAAGAAAUGGAACGCACGCUGACUUGCCUUUACAAGCGCCUGGGAUUGAUAAAUCCUGAUAAUUCCGGUAAUUUGCAAGCAGUAAUGAGUUUCUUCUCUGUAACCAGUCCAAUAUUCACAGAACAGCUUCCAGCUCCAGAGGAAACUUUAGAAAAUCUUAAGAGAUGCCUCGCUAGACAGAGCGACAGCGCAGAUGAAGCCAAAGCCUGGAUCCUCGCGUGUGUUAAGGCAAAUUUCCGGUUACAUCCUGUGGGCUACAAACCGAUAGUUGAAAACGAGUGCCCAGAGUACCCGGAGAGUAGAAAUCUUUCAAAAAUAUUGGAAAUCGAAGAGAUAAAUUACCAACUCGCCAUUAAGAAUAAAAAUUUCGCUGCUAUCAGUGACGAAGAAAUGGCGCGAAAGACGACUUGCAUUUACCAGCACAUGGGAUUGAUAAAACCCGACAAUUCUGCUGACUUACAAGCGGUAAUAAAUUUCUUCUCAAAAACUAGUCCAAUAUUUAGAGAACAGAUUCCAGUUCCAGAGGAAAAAUUGGAAAAAUUCGAAGGAUGUCUCGCUAAGAAGAGCGACAGUGCGGAGGAAGCCAAAGACUGGAUUCUCGUGUGUAUAAGAGAAUACUUCCGGUUAUAUCCCAUUGGAUAUGAACUCGAAGUUGGGCCGUUUAAUAACGGUUUCAAAAAAGUUUCGAAGAAAUGUCCAGAGUACCCGGACAAUCUGAUGAAAAUACUGGAAAUUGAGGAGAAAUAUUAUCAAUCCGCCAUUUUGAAUCAAAAUUUUAAGGCGAUUAGUGAAAAAGAAAUGGACCGAAGAGUUACUUGUAUUUACCAGCACAUGGGAUUGAUAAAUCCCGAUAAUUCCGGCGACUUGCAAGCAGUGAUGAGUUAUUUCUCUGUAACAAAUCCAAAUUUCAAGGAACAACUUCCAGCCCCAGAGAAAAAAAUAGAAAAUCUCAAGCGAUGUCUCGCUAAGAAGAGCGACAGUGCAGAUGAAGCUAAAGACUGGAUCCUUGUCUGUGUGAGAGAAAAUUUCCGACUGUAUCCUUUGGAGUAUGAACCGGAAGUCAAAAGCUAUCCGAAGAAACAUAUAAAUUCUAUUUAAAAAAUUAUUUAUAAAGAAAUUUGAAUAAAUUCCGGGAGUCAGGGGACUUGUAAUUUUUUAAAUGUAAAGUGAUGACAAUAAAAUAAAAAUAUAUAUACAUA